CAAUUUCCACCUGCUGAUUUAGAUAUUAAUUAAGAUCACAGAAGAAUGAAACACAGCCUCAAAUUCUUUUCUGGAAAUAGUUGCAGAACUGAAAUCAAAGAUGUUUAUAGAGAUAAAGGAAACAUUAUUAUUGUGAUAUGUAUAAUAAAUUAUUCUGUCAUAAUGAAUAAUUCAAUUAAACCAAAAGACCCAGAUACAAGAGAGAAACAAUAUUUCUGUGAUAUCUGUGGUAAAUCAUUCGCUUAUAAUAGUCAGUUGACUAGUCACAGACGUAUCCAUACAGGAGAAAAACCAUAUCACUGUGAUAUCUGUGGUAAAUCAUUCUCUCAAAAUAGCAUUUUAACUCAUCACAAACGUGUUCAUACAGGAGAGAAGCCUUAUUGUGACAUCUGUGGUAAAUCCUUUUCUGAACAUCGUUGUUUGACUAAUCAUAAACGUAUCUGUGGUAAAUCAUUCUCUGGAAGGAGUACCUUGACUGAACACAAACGUACACAUACAGGAGAAGAGCCGUUUCGUUGUGAUAUCUGUGGCAAAUCAUUUUCGUGUAGGAGUCCCUUGGCUCAACAUAAACGUACUCAUACAGAAGAAAAGCCACAUGAUCGUGAUAUCUGUGGUAGGUCCUUCUCUAAAAGGUGUAACUUGACUAAACACGAGUAUACACAUGCAAAAGUAAAGCCGUAUCUUUGUAACAUGUGGUAAAUCAUUCUCUUAUGGGUGCAACUUGAUUCAACACAUACAUACAUAUACUCUCACACUAUCCGCUCAGUCGAAGUCGACUCUCGGUUACUCGAUGAAUCAGUGUUUUCCAGUCAGUU